UGCCGGGAGGGCGCGCGUGCGUAUCCUCGUAACUGCGAGCGCGGCUACGUCUCAUGCGGCGGCGGCUCCGGCUUCCCUGGAGAGUGCAGCCUCGGACUCGUGCAUCUUCUUUCGUCCCCUUCCCUUCACCCCCCCACCUUGGAAACGAAAGAAAUGACUAGCUGCUGAGAAACCUGGCCCUUGACUCGCCUGGGGCUUACCCCAGGCACCUGUGCGUAAAGACGCUCCUUUUAGAGGUCUCCUUAAAAACUUCGCACCUGACUGCUCCAUCUAAGCAGUUUAAAACUGGAAAAGGAAGAGCCGAGUGCCGGCCUCUCUAAAAGUGUCAACUUCUUGCCUAAGAACUGACUAGUUUGAACAUGGAAAACCAAGAACCAGUGGAUUCUUCUGGAAAAACCAAACAGUUUACUAUUUCAGAGGAGUUAAUUGCAGAAGGAAAAUGGGUCAAGUUUGAAAAAACAACUUACAUGGAUCCUACUGGUAAAACGAGAACUUGGGAAACUGUGAAACGUGCAACCAGGAAAGGACAGUCGGCUGAUGGUGUGAUGAUUAUCCCAGUACUGCAAAGAACUCUGCAUUAUGAAUGUAUCAUUCUGGUGAAACAGUUCCGUCCACCCAUGGGAAGCUACUGCCUGGAAUUCCCUGCAGGUCUCAUAGAUGAUAAUGAAAGCCCAGAAGCAGCUGCUCUGCGAGAGCUGGAAGAAGAAACUGGCUAUAAAGGUGAUGUUGCUGAAUGUUCUCCAGCUACAUGUAUGGAUCCAGGUUUGUCAAACUGUACCACACACAUCGUGACAGUAACCAUUAAUGGAGAUGAGGCUGAAAAUGUAAGACCCAAGCCAAAUCCAGGAGAUGGAGAAUUUGUGGAAGUAAUUUCCUUACCAAAGAAUGACCUGAUGAAGAGACUUGAAGCACUGGUAACUGAAGAACAUCUGACAGUGGAUGCUAGGGUCUAUUCCUAUGCUCUGGCGCUGAAACAUGCAAAUACCAAGCCAUUUGAAGUGCCCUUCCUGAAAUUUUGAGGCCAGAGGAGAGUAGCCAUGUUUUUGUUUUAUAAAUGAGGCCAUAAGGUCUCCUUCACUGAGACUUUGUAUUCAGCUAAGUUUGAUGGAAAUGUAAAAUUACCUUUUUCAUAAAAUAAGAACAACAAAAAAUGCAUGUGGUGGUAUGGAAUUAUAAUUAUAGGUAGGCUGUUGCCUUCAUUUAAAUGCUAAAUGCAAAUACGUUUAAUCCAUUUUUUUUUAACUUCAGCUGUUAUCUAACCUAAUCCAAGAAAUAGGGGUUAGAAGAGACCUGAAUUCUAAAUUAGGUCAACUACUCCUACCUCAAACUCCCAACAUAAAAUUCUAUAGCCGAUGGCCUAGCUGAUUUUACUCAGUGUUUUAGAGCGUUGACCCUAGGACGGAAAGGUCACGGGUUCAGUUCCUGUCAAGGCUGUACCUCAAUUGCAGGCUCAAUCUGAUCCCUAGGCCCUGCCUGCAGGAGGUAACCAAUCCAUACGUCUUUGUCACAUCGAUGUUCCUCUUUCUGUCUUUUCCCCUCCCUUACACACUCUUUAAAAAUCAGUGGAAAAAAUAUCCUCUGGUGAGGAUUAACAACAAAAAAUUCUAUAGCGGAGUAUAGACAAAUUAUAUUGUUUAAAAGAAACCUUUACAUUAUUUAAAGGAAACCAAUAAAGGGACUCCUAUUUGAAUUAUCUGCUAUAUGGAAUUAAUCUGUGUAGCAAAAGAUAUAAAACCCAUAGAGUAACAUUCAUAAGCCAAUGUUUACAUUUAGCUAUUGUCAUUAUAUCUACCUACUACUUUAGUAAUGAAAAAUGGUUAAUUUCAUUCACUAUAAGAAAGUUAAGAGGCUAAUGAAAAUAUAAGGCCCUUCCCUCUAAAGCAGCAGUUGCCAACCUUUCAGACCUCACGGACCACCAGUGGUCCACGGACCACCGGUUGGCGACUGCUGCUCUAAAGCAUGUGGACAUAUUUGAGAAUCUCAUUUCCUAUCCUUACCUCCAAAAAGUAACUUGAACUUCUGAAACACCAAAUCCAUGGUAGUAAGAUUUACAUAGUUUGGGGCAUUAUUGUCUUGGUAUUCAACCAUGAGUGCAGCAGCAAGGUUAACAAGUACCAGAAACCCAUUAUAAACUACUUUAAAGGAAAAAACAGGGUUGUUUCUGGUUCAGGCCAUGCCUAAUGCCUGUCAUCCAAAAGGUCUACCAGGGUUACUGGGCCAUUUCCUUACCUCCUGAGCCAAGGCUCUUGGGUUGACUGUAUGGCCUCCAACAACUCUAGAAUCACUGGUUUUUCAGCUUACCUCCCAGAAAAAGUCUCAGGAUGAUUCUCACUGGCCAGCCCUAAGUCAUAAUUUGAGCUCUGGACCCAGGGGGUAAGCCAGGCCACUCAGAACCAGAUAAAAUCAGGGUACUAAUGCCAAAAAUGCUGCAGUAUAGUUCAUCUGUCUACAGGUUCACUCUCUUUUCCAGAUACUUUGAUGAACCUAAAUAUUAGACCAUUAAAUUAUACUUAAGGAUAGAAUUAUAGAAUCAGAAAACUGCAUAGAUCAAGUCUACUUUCCCAAUACAUACUGUGAAAAUUAAGCCCCAACUACCUGCUCUAAUGUAGCCUUCCCUUGUGCAAUACCCUCAUCACUUUUUGUUUCUUACAGAAACAGACUUUUUAAAUCUUCGUUAAAAAUACAGUAUUAUAUAUGCCCCCCUUUUUCCCCCAUUGACCUCUUCCAGCCCGCCCCUACCCCCUGCCCCAGGCCUUCACCCCCUACCUCGGGCCUUCACCACCCUAUUGUCUGUGUCCAUAGGUUAUGUGAAUAUACAUGCAUACAAGUUCUUUAGUUGAUCUCUUCCCACCCAUCCACCCACCCCCACCUUCCCUCUGAGAUUUUUCAGUCUGUUCCAUGCUUCUGUGUCUUCUGGAUCUAUUUUCUUCAUCAGUUUAUUUUGUUCAUUAGAUUCCACAUGAGUGAGAUCAUGUUUUAAACAUGGGCAUCAUAAUUCUCCAGAGAUCCUCAUCCUUUUCCCUCUCAAGGACCAAGUCCUCUAAUCUCCCUUAUUAUUACCCUACUUCAAAAUCAAGAAAUAAGGCAUAUGUAAAAUACAGACUCUAGCUAAGACCUGUCUCUCCAAAUAGAGCAGCUCUUCCUAAGCCACCCCCAUGGGAACUGAGAAACAUACUCUUAACUCUUAAUGAAGAGAUAUGCAUAACCCGAUUGUCCUGUUUUCUGCUCCUCCUAAGAGUGCAAUGUAUAAGUGACAGCUAAAUCCUAGAACAUAACCCUAACGCCACUUACAUUAUCUAUAAACAUCAAAGACUAUGCUUUGGAAAUUAGUUUGAGAACUUGCAGUCUGAACAUUUUCAUCGGCUGGCACUGUUAAUUUGUCAGAAUUUAAAAUUUGAAGGUUUCCCAUAAAAGCCUUAUUUUUUACCUUCUCUUGGG